CGAGAAGCACUGCGGUAACGCUUGCAUCCAGUAGGGGUCAGUAGAGAAACGCAUACCUCACGAUUCCUAGUUCAGGAGGAAGAUCGCAGCGACCUUUUUCCUCCCGUUACCAUGAUGGCGUCCGCGUUGAGGGGGAGUCUCGUAACAUUGGCCAAGGGUCUGAGUGGUGCCCGGUUGCAGCCGUUUUGUGCUCGCUCUCUGAGUUUGACCUCCAGUCAGAAUGUUUCGGAGUCUCCACCGGCGCGGGCUGACAGCACCUUUAAGGUCACCAUGGUCCCUGGAGAUGGAGUUGGACCUGAGCUGAUGACUGCUGUCAAAGAGGUUUUCAAGGCAGCUGAUGUUCCUGUGGAGUUUGAGGAGUUUCACUUGAGUGAGGUGCAGAACAUGGCCAGUGAGGAGAAACUGGAAGAGGUGUUGUCCUCCAUGAAGAACAACAGAGUCGCCAUCAAGGGAAAGAUACACACUCCUAUGGAGUACAAGGGUGAACUGGCAUCAUAUGAGAUGAGACUGAGAAGAAAGCUGGACCUGUUUGCCAAUGUGGUCCAUGUGAACAGCCUGCCUGGAUAUAGCACCCGCCACAAUAACCUGGAUCUGGUCAUCAUACGGGAGCAGACAGAAGGAGAAUACAGCUCUCUGGAGCAUGAGAGUGUUUCAGGAGUGGUUGAGUGCCUGAAGAUCAUCACCAGGGAGAAAUCUCGCCGCAUCGCAAAAUUUGCAUUCGACUAUGCCACCAAGAAAGGCCGCAGCAAAGUGACUGCUGUCCACAAAGCAAACAUUAUGAAACUCGGUGAUGGUCUCUUCCUGCAGAGCUGUGCGGAAGUGGCUGAACUUUACCCCAAGAUUAAAUAUGAAAACAUCAUCAUUGAUAACUGCUGCAUGCAGCUAGUCCAGAAUCCUUAUCAGUUUGAUGUGCUAGUGAUGCCAAAUCUCUACGGCAACAUCAUUGAUAACCUGGCAGCAGGGCUGGUGGGCGGAGCCGGUGUAGUUCCAGGCGAGAGUUACAGUGCAGAAUAUGCUGUGUUUGAAACGGGAGCCAGACAUCCCUUCGCUCAGGCUGUCGGCAGGAAUAUCGCAAACCCUACUGCUAUGCUCCUCACUGCAUCCAACAUGUUGAGACACCUCAAUCUUGAGUAUCACUCAAACAUGGUGUCUGAGGCUGUCAAGAAAGUCAUCAAGCAGGGCAAGGUGAGGACGCAAGAUCUAGGGGGUUACAGCACCACUGGUGACUUUGUCCGUGCGGUUGUGGCCAACCUGCGCCAUCGGACUGUUUGAAGAUGCUUGCCAGUCUCUAUCACGGAUCACCCUAUACAUGCCACUUCUGAUCUGAAUAUGUUCAAAGACAAUUUUACAGCAGCCCUGUCAUAUUAUAUUUUCUUUCCCCUUUCCCAUUUCUUGCUUUCUUUUUCUCUCCUUUUUCUGGCUGGUUACUGAUUUCUGUUUGUUUUUUUGUUUCUUUUAAUGCAUCCAUGUACAUUUAUUUUCAUUUCUGUUUGUCACAGUAUGCAUCUUUAAUCUGAAUUACACUUCUGUUUAAAAGUUUGGGGUCGGUACGAUUUUUGAAAAAGAGUUUCUUAUACUCACCAAGGCUGGAUUUAUUUGAUCAAAAAUACAGUAAAAUUGUGAAAUACUAUUACAGUUAAACAUUACUUUUCUAUUUUGAAUGAUGGCAAGUCAUGAUCCUUUAGAAAUCACUCUAAUAUGCUGAUUUGGUGCUUAAGAAACAUUUCUUAUUAUCAGUGUUGAAAAAUGUUGUGCUGCUUGUUAUUUUUGUGGAAACUGAGAAUCAAUUAUUUGAAAAAGUCGCCCCAAACUUUUGAAUGGUAGUGUAUGUCUGACAUUGCUUUACUGCACUACUUUGUUCAAUCCAGUUUUAAGUUAAAAUGUAAGUUUUUGUUAGAUAGUUAACUUUAGUUUCUGUUUGACUCAGUCUUAUUCCUGUUUCCAUAUAAUCUCAGUUUGGGGCUGGUCCUUGUCAAAUUGCCUUUGUGAUUCCAGGACCACAGUCAAUUUGAUUAUCAGCAAGUUUUCAAAAACUAUUUGGCAUAUUGAGACUGAAGUGCCAGCAGUGAUGCUUGAUGUUUUUGCCCUUUUUAUUGUUACUCAUGUAAACAUAACUAAUCAAAUCUGCUCCUGUCAUAAGUCAGAUGGGCAAUUAUUGGAUUCAUUUGAUGAUGCAAAUGUUCUGAGCAGGAAGUCUGCUUCGUGCCAUUGAUGACCAACUGUGGAAAUGAUGACUGAUUGAUAUCAAAGACAAAUGAUAUCUCUCUGCCUCUCAGGCAUUUUCAAACUUACCUCAGUCAUUGCGGUACUGAUCUGACAUGUUGUCUUUAUAUUUUUCUAAGCUCAGCAGCACCUUCAGUGUUAAUAUUUCCACUCUUACCUUGUUUGGGAACAGGUGCUUUAGAUGAACUGAGCAAUGUUUUGUCGGAAUGUGAAUUUUUUUCUUUUCAGUGCCAAAGAAUAAGUAUGUAAAACCUAAAGUAUUGAAAAGUGUCAGUUUGUAGUCACUGGUUGUAUGUGGAUGGCUUGCAUUAUUUGAAGACCUUCAUCCUCAGUUUAACAUUCACAAACUGGAAAUCAAAAUAAACAUCAUACCCUAAA